AUGGGCGAGGACCUGGACAUCACCGUUCAGUACAAAGACUCAGCCCCGGUUAUCGUGGAACCUACGAUUCCGGCCGACGCGAAGGAGUACUGUGGCAAAGUUCAAUUCUGCGAUACUGUGUCACCGCCUGCGGUGUCGCUGCUUCACCGGUCGUUGUCGGAGUGGGGCCACCGCACUCUCCGUUGGCUGUCAUCGCUCGUGUCGUCCGUGAUGUCCACUGUUUCCGGCGACUCGGGAUCGAGCAGCAGCUCGUGCAGCACGACACCUCGCCCGUGCGUGUUCGUGGCUGGACUCGGUCAGAAGACGGACUACGGGUUGUCAACCACGGACUCGAAGCCUUACUUUGGGGACGAAUUCCAAGACUACGUGCCGUGUUGUUCAUGGUACGACCUCACCCUUGUGAACGAAUUGGUCGGCUAUUUGUUAGAGGUCAGCUCGUCAAGCGACUCGAGCACUGGUCUCAUCGCAGACACGGUCAUCUUUACGCACUCGUCGGCUAACAACAUGCUGGCGUACGCGAUCUCCCAGAACUUGUGCUCGCUGGCCUCGAGCACAACUUGGCCCGGUGCCAGCGCCCCUAUGAUGGGGAGUAUGGGCUCCAAUUUCAUCCAGGAAACCUGCGACGGUACUCUUUCUGGCGUCGUGUCGUCUCUCCUAGAGCUCUUGGACGAGUGCCCCGUGACGCCAGGAAGAACCGCACUCUCUUAUGAAUCGGGGAGCUACGCUUCGUCCGAGUUGAAAGCAGCGUAUGAGGCAGCGCAGACCGCGUACGCGACCAAUGUGGACGCAGUCAUGUGCAGUAGCAGCUACAGCGGCCUACCAAGCCGUGUACGCCAUGGCCGGAGAGGUGAUCUCGCACAAGGCUUUUCUGAGAACGACGGCCUGGUAGAGUACCAGAGCUGCGCUUACGGGCUCGACACAAGCACGUUCUCGUCCUCGUACACCAGCACCAACUGCUUGACCGAGCUCAACCACCAGGACUGCACCUUUCGCGACGGAGACAGCCUCUUUAGCGACGUCAAGAACAAGAAGCCCAUGAAGUGGCUGCAGCACUUGCUCUCAUAG